ACGGGGGGUCUCUCCCCGUUACUUUCUGUAUUCUGUUUUCUUUAGGGUGAUGCUUUAGAGUUAUUUGAUCUAGCUUUGGAAGUUAAUGCUUAAUUUGAUACAAGCGGGGGCUCCGGGGGUCUCCCCCCGUUGCUUUCUAGAUUUUGUUUAUAUCAGGGUCUCUCUGAAUAUACAUUCUCUUUGUUUCUCUUCUCUGGGGUUUAUACUUGAUGUGAAUAGAGCGGGGUACGGGGGGGUCUCUCCGUGUAACUACGUAUAUUUCUCUCUGUCUCUAUGGUUGCUUACUAUCUACUGUGAUUGAGUAACGCUGGCUAGUCUAUAGUAUCUGGUUUAGGUUGAAUGUGAGCGUGGCUGGGAAGCUGAAAAGAAG